CAAAACAUUACCCUCAGGGACAAGGGAAGUACCGCCACCAUUCUAUAGAUGACGACUACUAUAAUUAUUCGUAUGGAGGAUAUGGGUAUUAUGCACCCAAUUAUAAUUUUGAACAUUUUGGAGUGCAGUACAGCUCCCAACCAUCUUUGGUUAGAACAGCAAACAGUGAGGGCAAACAUCAACCUGGCCGAUUCUCUCAGCAGGGUCCUGCAAAGCGAGGUUACUAUGAUAAAGACCACCAUAAGGACAGCAAGGACAUAGAGGGGAAAGCCAAGGAAAGGAAUGGGGAUCGAGACAAGCCCUUUAGUGAAGAUUUUCCAUUGCUGAAAGGAUCUGGGAAGAAUGCACCUGAAACGAAGCAAACAAAAACAGGAUCUGGUGUGUGGGAAAAUCCUCCAAAAUCAGGUCGUAAUGAUGAGUCGCCGAAGAAUGCAUCACCAGGAAUAUACAAGGCAUUGUUGCUUAAUAAGAAUGGGCAGAUCAAGAAGAUUGUGCCUGAAACAUUACGUAUGAAUGGCAGAAACGCCUCUUCUCCUCUCAGUGCUUCCAAUAGGUCAAACCACAAAGAGGUCACACGGCACAGCCCUACGCCAGAUUUAGGGGUGGUGACACAGCCCAAAAAAUUAGGCAACAAGAAGAGCGAUUUUCUCAGAGCUCUGCGACAUGAGAGCAGCCUGCGUAAUGGGGAGAGCUACCAGGAUCUCAAUCAGAAUUCCAUAGACAAGAAGCAGCACGCUGCAGACAUCUCUCAGAUGAACGGAUCCUGUGAACACCAGGGCAAGAAUGGGUCACAUGAAGCUGUUGUGAACCCCAGUCAGAAGCUGAGUAGUGAUCUGGACAAGUCACUGAAGGGGGACCAUGGCAUCAAUGGGGAAGCUCUUAUAAAACAUGUUGAUCAUAUUGAUUUGUCUGGAGAAGAAGAAGAGAAGAGGCUGCUGGAGUCCAUGGGAUGGUCAGAAGAGGAUAAAACGGAGUAUGUGAUUACAGAUGAUGAUGUCAAGGAGUUUCAUCACAUGAACGUCAUUGGGAACUCGGCACGGCAUAAUGGUCUACGCUUAAAGCUGAAGUCACUUUUUGUUAAUGGCCUCUUGGACGGCACAUACAAUGAAAGCGAUGAGCUUAGCAAGCAUGAUCAUUUGUGA